CAUGGUAGCCAGAGCGUCUAGCAGCCCGCUCUGUACCUCAGGAUCUCAGAGUAUUUCCGCUGGGCCUCCGCGCGGUGCCGCGCUAGAACCGUGAUUACGGUCUUCGGUUCUCGGAGCCCAGCCACCGCUGGGGGCGGGGUGGGUCCCAGCCGUCGCUGUCUGCGUGGGGCCCCACCCAACCGGCGUCUUACUUUAGGAGCCCUCCCAUGGCUUCCCAGGAUAGGGUAAAGGCAGUGACCAAAGGAACGGGCUUCUGUCGCUGCCCCAAGCAGACCACUUACACCCUUGGAACCUGCGAGCUCCUCAGAGUGAUGAUGAAGGAAUCCAAACUGACUAAGUUCCAACAGCGACACAUCAUGGACACCAUGAAAAAAGGAGAAGCCCUGCCCCUGUCCUGCAGCCCGACGUCCAGCCAGAGGGUCUUGCCUACCAAGCAGCCGGCCUCAGCCGUCUGCCUGCCUCCCAUCCUGGCGGCCCGGUCCCAGCUCCGGCCUGCCAGCAUGUGCCAGGCCAACGGGGCCUACAGCCGGGAGCAGUUCAAGCCUCGAGCCACCCGCGAUCUGGAGAAGGAGAAGCAAAGACUCCAGGACAUCUUUGCCACGGGGAAGGACAAGGAGGAACGGAAAAGGAAGCCACGUGCUGUGCAGCAGAAGGACCCAGCCCCUGAGACGGACCGGUUUGAAGAACUGGUCAAGGAGAUCCAGGAGAGGAAAGACUUCCUGGCUGAGAUGGAGGCCCUGGGCCGGGCCAGACAGUACCGAGGGCUCAUCCUCACGGAGAUCUCCCAGAAACUACGGGAAAUGGAGGACAUCGACCACCAGAGGAGCAAGGAGCUCAGGAAGGCUCUGGCCACCGCCUAAUCCGUCUCCAGGGGCGGAGCGGCCCAGCCUUGACCACUGGGGCCCACCCCGAUGCCAAGCAGGGUCAUGCCCAGGUCACCCACUCAGGCCUCCAGCCAUGUCAGAUGGUCAU